CCUUUCUAGUAUAUAGCCCCUUCGUCAUGUCCUCUACAACCUUCUUGCUUUCUGGACUAUUCCGGGUCUUCUCUGCAACACUUCCUCCCUCACACAACUCUCCUCCACCUGGAGCGCUUUCCCUCCUAUCUCCUGCGCAGGUCUUCCAUUGAGGAUACCAUUGUCGUGUUUCACGCAUUGUUCUGUUGAGGACAUUAUGCUCCUCAUCCCCCCCUCACCGUCAAUGUAUUGAAAUUGAGAGAGACCGCCGUCGCAGCGUUUUUUUUUUUUCCCUUCUUCCCCUGUCUUCCUUCCUUCCUUUCUUGUGUUGGUUACACUGCUGGACUAGGCAGAAUAUAGUAGUUGUGUAUGUGUGAGGUCUGCUUGAAUACGUUCGUGGAGUUGUGCGGCAGUAUUUGUUAGCGUUUCCCAUCUUGUUCGUUGCGCUGUAGGAGGGUGCUCGUUAAUGAAUCUUAUUAUUACGCUAGCCACACGAGUGCCGUUUACCCGCGGUUGCUGCAUCCAAGGGCAUCAAUUGUGCAUACACUGCUUUUCAUAGUGUACUCCCUUGGGUUGGUCAAUACAUUUGGCACCCUGCUCCGUCAUAUUGCUUCCCUCUCCCUUGUAGUAUAGAUUUCAAUCUGUUUGUGGAGAAGCGUUCAGUGCGUAUUUUGAACAUGGGAAGCGGCGGGGAUCUAGGUGGACGAACAAACAGUUUGCGUAGACUUAAGAGAUUGAAUAUCCUAUUCAAACUUCCAUACAAUACUCAAUGGGGCCAAAAUCUUAUGAUUAUUGGAUCGGAUGCAUUACUAGGAGCCUGGGUUGUGGAGAAGGGGCAAAGAUUGAUGCCUCGUCAGGAAGGAGACGUUCUCGUAUGGGAGGUUUCGAUCUCAGUAUCAGAGCGUUUUGAGACAGAAUAUAACUACGUCGUCGUGGAUGAUAGAUUCCGUGGGUUGAGGCGAGAGUCUGGAGCACGGAGAGUGCUCAGUUUGCCGGAGGGAUUGUCUAAUGGAGCAACAGUAGAAGUCCACGAUCUGUGGCAGGAUUCUCCCGAGACGCUCUUCACAAAGGAAGCAUAUAGGAAAGUUCUGUUCGGAGAUGAGGCUUGCAAAUCCACACAUAUUGAGGGGGAACUCAGCAAGGAUCCCACGCAAUGCUUUACUAAUGUUCCGCUCAAUCCGUCAGAAGCUGUAGUCGUCCAAUUCAAGAUAGCGAACUCAGUUCUGCAUCCUGACCAAGCGGUUUUCGUCAUAGGCAGUUCUUCGGAAUUGGGUCAAUGGAACAAUGAGGCUGCGAUUGCUUUAUCAAACACUGUUGGCUACAGUUGGGAAUGUUUGGUGUCGAUUUCGAGAACGGAGUUCCCUGUGUCGUACAAGUACAUACUGAAGAACAGUAGCGGAGUAGUUACGUAUGAAAAUGAUGAAAAUCGAGUGCUAUCAUUAAGUUUAUCCGCAAAGAAGUCUAGCUCUGUGCUUAUUGCAGCUGAUGGAAGCUUCAGAUCCAAGCCAUGGAGAGGGGCAGGUGUUGCAAUACCGGUGUUUGCUAUUCGAUCGACGGAAAGUGUGGGUGCCGGAGAGUUUUUGGAUCUUAAAUUGAUGGUUGAUAUGGCAGUUAAGACAGGAAUGCGUCUAGUCCAAUUAUUGCCCGUUAAUGACACUUCAGUCAACAUGAUGUGGUGGGACUCAUAUCCGUACAGCUCAUUGUCUGUAUUUGCAUUGCAUCCACUGUACCUUCGGCUUCAAGCGCUCUCAAACAAGCUCCCAAAUGAUAUCAAGGAGGACAUUGAGAAUUACAGGAAACAGUUGGAUAUGAAGGAGGUUGAUUAUGAGGCAACUUUGGCUGCAAAGUUAUCCAUAGCCAAAAGAGUUUAUAAUCUGGAGAAGGAUCUAGUUUUUAAUUCAGCAUUGUUCAAGAAGUACUUUGAUGAAAAUAAGGGUUGGCUGCAACCUUAUGCUGCAUUUUGCUUUUUGCGUAACCUUUUUGGCACUUCAGAUCACUCUCAAUGGGGUUUGUAUGGUGAUUUUACACAGGAGAAGUUAGAUAAACUCGUCUCACCAAUGGGGGACUAUUACGAUGCUGUUGCCUUCAGUUAUUACCUCCAAUUUCAUCUGCAUUCGCAACUCGCAGAAGUAAGAGAUUAUGCUAUGAAGAAGCAUGUAGUGCUCAAAGGAGAUUUACCUAUUGGCGUAGAUCGUAACAGUGUAGAUACCUGGCAAUUUCCCAGCCUCUUCCGGAUGACUGCAUCUACUGGUGCUCCACCAGAUUAUUUUGACAUGAACGGGCAGAAUUGGGGAUUUCCGACCUACGUCUGGGAGGAAAUGGCCAAGGACAACUACGGCUGGUGGAGAGCUCGACUUUCUCAGAUGGCGAAAUACUUCAGUGCCUACAGGAUAGAUCAUGUUUUGGGGUUCUUCCGUAUUUGGGAGAUGCCUGAUCAUGCCGUAACUGGACUUAUGGGAAGAUUUAGGCCAUCCAUUCCUCUCAGCACAGAGGAAUUGGAGAGAGAAGGUAUAUGGGAUUUCCAGCGAUUGAGUACACCGUACGUGCGUUGUCAUAUUCUUCAAGGGAAAUUCGGGGAUAGAUGGACAGAAGUAGCAGAAAAUUACUUCGAUGAGUUCGAACACUUGUGCUAUCAAUUCAAAGAGGAAUAUAAUACCGAGAAGAAGAUCAUUUCAGCAACGACGUUGAAAGAUAAUGCGUCGUCAUUUGCAAUUCAAGAGGCCGAGGCCGAUCGAACCCGACUCUUUGAUCUCCUACAUGAAGUUAUCCUUAUGCGAGAUAGAGAUGAUCCGUCAAAAUUCUACCCACGUUUUGGCAUGGAUAAAACAGUCAGCUUCGACGAGCUGGAUGACCACAGUAAGAAUGUUCUGAAGAGCAAAUACAACGAUUACUUUUUUCAUCGUCAGGAGCAACUAUGGCGUGAUAAUGCUCUGAUGACUUUGCCUGCUUUGCUGAAUUCGUCUGAUAUGCUAUGCUGUGGAGAAGAUCUUGGGAUGGUUCCAGCUUGUGUUCAACCAGUCUUAAGCGAACUCGGGCUUCUGGGUCUUAGAAUUCAGCGAAUGCCCAGUGCUCCUGGACAAGAGUUCGGCAAUCCAGCUGAUUAUGAAUACAUGACAGUUUGUGCUCCAUCAUGCCAUGAUUCAUCGACUAUGCGGGCAUGGUGGGAAGAAGAUGAAGGUAGAAGGGAGCGGUUCUUUAGGAAUAUGUUGGGGCUCACAGAUCCCCCACCCGAAACUUGUGAUCCUCAUGUUUCCCAUCUUAUUCUCCAGCAGCACCUGGAAUCUCCAUCAAUGUGGGCAAUAUUUCCCCUACAGGAUCUUAUGGCACUGAAAGAUGAGUAUGCCAAGCGACCAGCCAACGAAGAGACUAUCAAUGACCCCACCAACCCAAGACACUAUUGGCGAUUCAGAGUACAUAUUCCUAUGGAGACACUUUUGUGUGAUGACGAUUUUGUUGGAAUCAUACGUGACCUUGUAGUUAGCAGUGGACGUGCCACUUCCAAGGACUUCGAUCUCAGCAGUUCCUCAAUUGUGCCUGCUGUGAGAGACCAUGAGUUAAAGCAUGUGAACAAGACGGUAUCAGGAAAGAGACUGGAUGAUAACAAAAUUAUUAUUGACAGAACUUACUCAGGUGAAGGUUUGGAUGUCGCAAAGCCUGUAGUCGCAACUAGUUAUUUUAAUACUAUUGUCACAGCAUAAUAUUCUGGGCUGAAAAGGGGGCAUGCGAUCAAUAGGCAUUUCAUUGAAAGAACAGGGUUUAUUAACCCUAUCAAUAAUUUAUCAGUCUAUUAGACUGUACUAGGACCGCAGAGUAGCUAAUCUAAGAUUCUAGGCAUACUGUACUGUAGAACAUUGGAAGGGGGCCAUGGGACCUUAGCCCUUAAGGUUUUCUUUUCUGCCCUGAGCGGUGAUACCGAAUUAUGGGUCCUUACUGUGUACUCAUAUUUAGGUCGGGAAAUUAGGAAUUCGAAGUGAUGGUAGUACCAGUAACAUAGGUAGGACCGAAAAUCGUGUAAUCGAAUUAAUGAUUGUUCGUUGUGACUACGACACUGGCAUGAAAGUUGGUGGACUAAGAAUGCUUGGUUUUCGCAUUUCUGCCUGCACCGUCGAAUAGUAUUCACAGUUUUUUUCAAUAUUUUAAACGUCUUGCAAAAUA